GACAAGGCCUACAGCAGGGCGAACCAGGCACGUUAGCGGGAGACUUGCUUCUCUCGUCCCUUCAAGAUCUCAUCCUGUACGACCAAGUGAGCCGUGUCCCCCUUCGCCGUGGACUGUACCUGGGCUACCUCAAACUACAGAGCUCCGUUGACCUACUGCAGGUCUUGGUACCCGAGAAACAGCCGAAUAUGUUCCCCCAUAUCAAGAUCAGGGAUAAUCCGCAUGUUUCCAGGGAAGAGUGGGAGUGGGUGCGGAGCCUCGAACUCUCCAGUGGAGACCAGUGGCACUUAGCUGCACAGACAGAGCCCGCUGAGGGAGAGGAGGGGAGAACCUCCCCCCUACCACCUGCCCCCUCGCCAGCUCAGCUCGUGUGGCACUCCCAGCUGGGCCAAGCGGCACAGCAGCUGCUCAGUCAGCUCAAGGUGGAAGGCGAGGCGCAGCAGCAGCACAGACUCUACUGCGGAGAGGUGCUGGAACUCAGCCCCGACGUGUCGCUCCUGCUGGUGAUGCCCCCCGUGGAUGCCGUUUGCUCGGCCCCGGGGCAGGAGGACGCCAUCAUGUCCCAGCCCUCGCUGACCACCAUCCCCCUCCAGAUCUUCGAGAUGAUCCACAUGGGCACGUACCAGAGGGAGCUCAUCGGGAGAUACGCGCGCCUCUCCUACAUCCUGGAAAUGGACACGCUGAUGGCGCAGCACGCCAGCCGGGAGGCCUUCAGCCAGGACGAGGUGAACUGCUCGCGGGACCGGCUGUGGCAGCUGCAGACCUUCCAGGAGCAGUUAGACGUCAUAUGGCGGGGCCUGAGAUGGGUCAUGGACGCGAUAACCUACGCUAGAGAUAAAGCGGCAUCUGGUGCUCUCCUGACGACCUUGCUGUCGUGUCCCUCCCCCAGGUCCCCGUGCAUCACUCACCCCCCAGCAGUACAACAGUCGCCCUCACACCUGCCUGCUGCUAAGUCAUCCUCGCAGGACACCCACAGCUCGAGCGAGUCCCUCCAGCACGGGGCAGACAGCAAAAGACUCAGAAAAGACGACGACCUCAACUUCAGCAUAAAGAAAUCCGAUGCUCCUAGAAUGCUGAAGUCAAAUACCUCAGAAAACAUUAGAGCAGCAGUGAAAUGCGAUUCAAGGUUUCACAAGUCAAAGACAGCUGAGUGCUUAGUUCAUAGUAGUGGGUGUGUACAGAGUUGCGGAAAGUCAUUCACUUCUCUGAAUGACUGCAUGUUAGACAGUGAGGAACAGAAUGAAAAUGUGCCCCUUCUCUCGUGGAACGGUGAAAAGUUGCAGUUUAGUGGUGAGAGGAAAAUGUACAGUAAAGACCUCCCUACGUCUAGAAGUGAAAACCAUUUACAACACUGUGUAGAUCCUGGUUACCCUCCUAGAAAGGCCAGUGCUCCUGCGUUUUACGAUACUCACGAGGGAUGCCUCAAAUCUAAGUGCUGUAAUAGUGAACCAAAAAUCAAUCACCAGAGCUCGUCGUCUUUAGAAUCGGUCGAACAAGGUAAGAGAAAGAAAAACAGUUGUGCGAGCAUCGAGUACGAGGAGACGAUGGCCAGCAGUAAAUCCCCCACGAGCAGUUGUUACGACCUCCACCAGCGGUACGGGAGUAACUUAAAUGUUGAAAUCCAGAGAGCAGGCAGUAGUCUCAGUCACGAUUCCGAAGCCUCUUUCUCAAGUAUGACGGCCAGUUUACGUUCAUUGUCCUCAAACGAAACGGAAACAGAUACCCUGAGUCUCAUGAGCAAAGAAAGUGGGCGGAGUGAGGCGAGUGAAGCGAAGAGCACGGAGGGCGAGGAGCUGGUGGAGGGGGCUGUGCGAAGCGAGGAACCAGCCAUCAUACAGGUAUACGCCGCGUACGAGACCGGUUUGGCCUCGGGCACCUCGGUCAAGCUACAUAUCACGCCCAGAACGACCGCUCGGGAAGUGAUAGACUUGGUGGUGAAACAGCUGAACAUGGCGGUGGUGUUGAAGGGGCGGGGCGGACCCAUCUAUGGGAACGAAAGGCUCAAAGACUUCUGUUUAGUGGCUGUGAUUGGUAUACGGGAAAGGUGUCUUCGUGACGACUUCAGGCCACUCCAGCUGCAGAAUCCCUGGAAAAGAGGAAAGUUAUACGUGCGGCUGAAACACGACGUGCUCGCCGCCCUGGAGCAAAGUAAUUCAAGACACUCCGCUUAUCUCUAGAACCCGACUUCACUGUACAUUCCACUGUACAUGCAUACACGCAUUGCCAUUCUAUCCUUCAGACACUUAUUUAUAUUCAGGAAGGCCAUACUCCUUCAUUAGAAAAAUCAUACUUCACAUUAUUCCUAAUGAACAUACGUGGAAGAAAUAAAUAAAAAAAAAUAAAGCUGAAUUAGUCUAUAGCUACAACAAUGUCGAAUAGUCCAAUAGGUAAACACGAUAGAUGUUUUGUGCAAGUUGAUUUCGAUAUGCUUCCUUUGAUCGAAGAGUAUUUAUUAAGUAUCAUUUCACUCCGCCGUCUUCAGGAGACUCUCAUUCACGUGUUUCUAGCCCCCCUUCCCCCUUAAAUAAAACAAAAGAACAGCAGGAUAUGUCCGAGAGAAACUAAUCAAGAGUGCAUAGUUUCUGUCACUCCUUGGGUCUAGCCGAGGGCCACAUACCUCAUAGAGAACAGUCAGUAUCAGAUGCAAAAGAAACAUUCAUGUCGGGUAUAGCUCAUGCACACGUAAAUGUAGGUGGCAAUAGAUCAUGUAUUGCAUAAUGCAGGAAAUCUGUUGUUUUCAUUCCACAGUAAAUUAUAACAUUAAAAAAAAGGAUACGUAAGACAUUUUGUAAGACAUUCAGUUAACGAAGAGCACAAAUAAUAUUUAACCCACUAAGUACUAGGAGCUAGUUGUACAUUACGCAAGAAUAACGUGACUAGUGGGACUAAACUAGAUUUACGCUUCUUUGGAGUCCUCAGAGUAAAUGGAAAUAAUUAAGACAAAAAAAUAAUAAUAAUUAGAUAAACGUUAUAAAGUAUUUCUGAUAAACUGAUGCUCAAUAUGUGAACCCUGUUGUCGUUUCCAGUCUAUAAGUUAUUUUCUUAGAGAAUGACACUUCCAUGAGUUGUUUUUUUAGACAUGUAAUGAAAUCUGCCAUGGUUUUCGAGGCGCAAAAGGCCGAGCAUUUGGUAAUUUCGAACCGAACAACGAUUUUACUAUCCAAGGAAUGAGUCUGAUUUCGAACAUCGAGACGCAUCAAAAUUAAGAGUAUAUACAAAAGAAAGUGUAAUUACUUGUGUUCAGCUCCCUACGUUUUUUAUUUGUGAUUCUAUCUUUGUAUUGUUAUUAUUAUUUAUUAUUUUUCUAUCAUCAUCAUCCCAGUGAUUUUUUUUUAGUCCAAGAUUUGAAUUGUGAGUGAACGAGAAUUCAAAAAAAAUAUUAUAAGGAAACCAGUGUGUUUUGUCAUUUUUUUUCAGUCAUGUUUAGAAACGUGUUAUGUUCGUCAUCCAGAUUGUUGGUUUCAUGUACAGAAGACAGUAUACCAUUAUUUCGGGUGUUGUGUAAGCUUCAUUGUAUGUUUCAUCAUUGUAUUGAUUGUAUUAAUACGAUUUUGUGAUUUCUAUCCAGUGGUGAAACUAGGUACUUCUUAAAAAGAAAACGAAACUGAUUUACAUAUUGAUACUAUUUUGAUUGUAAAAUGAUAUUAAUGAUUUGAGAAUUGAUAAUCUCAAAUCUAUGUUUUUCCCAUUUUUUAUGUUAGCAACACCUGACGGAAAAAAAACUUUAUCACAGCUGGAACUCGGAGAAAAAACUCUACUGACUUUUCACUGCAUUAUGAUUUUCACUCUCUCUCUCUCUCUCUCUCUCUCUCUCUCUCUCUCUCUCUCUCUCUCUCUCUCUCUCUCUCUCUCUCUCUCUCUCUCUCUCUCUCUCUCUCUCUCUAGGAAUAACCGCGUAUUACACAUGCAUAUUAAACCAAUUGUCCAAACUUAUCUUGUUCAAAUUAAAGGAAAAAAAACUGUUGAGACACAGUAAAAUCAACCAUAUAGCUUCCAGUGACCGGGUUUAACUUGUGACUUUUUUCGUUAUUCCAUUAACAUUAUUCCAUUAUUAACGAUAACCACUCUGAACAAAAUCGUCCCCAGUGACUUAUACAUAAUGAAGGAGUUUUUGACAUCUCUUCUUCAACACUUUUUUUCCCUCAUUAUUCCUUUGCCUUCUUUUACUUUUAUCUUUCUUUCUCUUUCUCUCUCUUUUAAAAUACGAUAUCUAUACCCUACUGUACACUCAACUAUAGAAUUGGCAAAAUCACACGCCCAUUCCAUAUCAUCAGCUAAUAUAUAAAUAGUGUGGCAAGACAAAAAUGAAAAUAUUAAUAAUUAAGAAGAAAAAAAGGAAGAGGAAGAAGAAGAAGAGAAUGGAUUUAUACUUUGUGGAGUUUUAACUGUAUUUAUAUAUAUUGUACAAACGGAUUAUUUUAGUAGAUUAACUAUUUAAUGUGAUGUUAAGUGGACCAAAGCCUUCUAGCCAGAGAUCCAGUGGCUUUCACUGCACAUAACCUAAAUAUGUUGUCAGCUAGAGACGAACAAGAAGAAGAAGAAACAAUUAAAAAAAUGAAAGGAAGGAAGGAACGAAGUGCUGUUAUAUUAUUUGCAAUGUUGUGUAAAUUAUACAUAUGUACCUUGUAUAUGGCAUACCAAAUUAUGUAAAUAUUAAAUAGUACAAGUAUAUUUGAUGUUCAAAUAAAAUAAUUUAUCUGA